AUGGGGUCGUUGGUAUCCAAACCCAGCCAAACUACCGCAAAAAUUGGGCGGAAAUUUCCAAUCAGAGAAUAUGGCGAUCGUGGUCCUCCGAAGCUUCAUAGAGUGGGACAAGAAGGGAGUAACCCUCGGAGUACAAAAUGCGAUGUUAUCUCCAAGGACGGGAAAGAUUCCGACAUUAUAUCAGCUGGCUUCUCUCAACGUUUACACAAAAUGGGCGUAGCUCGGCCGAAUCCAACCAUCUCCCCUUCAUCGAGAGCUCCUACAGAAGUGCGGCAUACAUGGAAGGGAAUAGAGAGAAAAUCUUUACCACGACCUACAAAUAACUGGACCCUUACCGUCAUGGAAACUCGGGAGUCAUUACAGCAGUUAAUGAACAAAGAAAUAACCAGCCCAGGCCAGGGGGCGCGUCGAAAGAGGCGGUUUGUUGAUAUGAGGACUUUGAUUGAUGUUAUCAAAAUGCGGAACAAUGGUGUACCAAGCGAAGACAUCGAAGAAAAGUUUGGGCUCCAGCCUGGAAUAACCAGAAAGAUCGGACAAGUUAGGAUCCCAAAAAGGAGUUCCCGAAACCACGGCAUAGUCAAAUACAAGACUCCGAACGAUCGCUACUUCUCAGGCUGGGGAACACCCACGGCGACCCAAAGACUUGUCGAUAAUAUAUGCUUGCUAGCUACGGCCUCCGCAGGUUUCAAUAGACGUAUGCUGCUAUUACACUUAUUGACUCCGCACGUUUUCUUGUUCUACCGCCGAAUUACGGACCUGGCCAGGAAAUCGGGUAUGAUUACUCUGGUAGCCAAGCAGGACGAUGACUUUAACUGCAACAGCUGGGGUCUCAACAUCGUCUGGAUCCAAUGUACCGUACCGCACGCCAGACAUAUAACAUGA